UGAAAUUGGACGUUCUAUGGAUCUUUAGCGGUUAACUUGCAGUUGGACGUUUCAAUUUGGUGAAAGAAUGGGUUUAAACAAGGUUCCCCAACAUUACCAUUCAUCACAUUUGCCAUCGUUGACAUUCUGGGAAGAGCUCAGAUACAAACAUUUGUUCCACCCGUUUGUCUGUCAAAAUAAAACCGUUGACGUUUAUUCAUCAACAACCAAUGCUUGUUAAAUAUUUAGUUGGCUUAAUAAUUCCAGCCUAAAUGUUCACAGUCAUUUGGUAAAUCAUGCAUCGAGUUUCGGAUGUUCCGGUCAUUCUGUUUAAUCCAUACUUAACGUGUAAUCUUUGCCGAGGCUAUUUAAUCGAUGCCACGACAAUUGUUGAGUGUCUACACUCUUUCUGCCGCAGCUGUAUCUUGACUUAUCUCAAACUGAACACAACAUGCCCGGUCUGUGCGACACUUUUGCACAAAACCAAACCACAUUGCGCAAUUCGGCCUGAUCGUGCACUACAGUCCAUCGUUUACAAGCUUAUACCGAAUUUAUUUGAAAAGGAAAUGCUAUGUAGAAGAAAAUUUUAUGAGGAUCAUCCUUCAUGUUACACCCGAUCUUUAAGUCCUGAAAAACGUGGUGAUUUAACCCUGAAUACUUAUGUACUCCAAGAAGAAGAUCGUUUAAGCGUUGAACUUCGGUACUGGAACCAAAACGAACAUAAGAAUAAUGGUUGCUCAAGUAAAACUUCUAGUCAAACAGAUUCAAUUAGCCCGAUACUGCCUGUUAUCCCCCCUACAUUUUUACUCUGUCCACCUGAACUUACAGUGGGACAUAUUGAAAAGCUGAUUCGAAUGAAGUUCAAUCUUAAACCCAGUGAGCAUGAGGUUUCUGUUUUCUUUUCAGUCGACGAUCUUUUUAAUUCUAACUAUACACUAUCAGAUCUUGCCUGCUUGUAUGCGUGGCGUCGCCAACAACCUUUUAAGUUGUAUUUUACAAUAAAAGAAACAUCGAGGCAUGGAUUUUCUGUGUUUAUGGAAUCGCAACCCCCUUCAACAUCGAGUAACCUAACUCAUAGUAUUCUGGAAAAAUCUAAACUAUGUCCUCAGAAUAAUAAUUCAUCUUGGUCUGUAAACUCCAAAUUCAGAAAUUUCCCCACAACUUCCCUUCGUAAACGACAUGUGAAUAACUCUGAUGAUGAAAUGGAAACUACUCCACUUGAAGUCUCUGUGCCAAACUCACAAAUCUCAUCACAAUCAUCCUGUAAAAUAUCACUUCCAACACAGUUCAUAAAAUCUAUAAGCUUAUCAUCUCCCAUGCUCAAUACUUCAAGUUCUGUUUGUUCUUCGCUAGCCUAAAAUUUAACUUAUGUCCUAAUAUUCCAUAACUAGUCAUUCGGAUUUAUACCUCUGAUGUUGCUUUAUACUUUUGACUCUGAUUUUCUGGGUAUAUUAUUGAAAUUUUAUUUAUUCACAUGGUUUUUUUGGUCAUUGCUUUGUAAAGUCCCGUCAAAAUCUGGAAUAAUAUUCCAACUUUUGUCCUAGUUUUGUACUAGGGCUAUUGUAAAUUGUAUAUUUAUCUUUCUUUAUAUCAUUGUUAAGUUCAGGCCCUUUUUUCUACUUCAUACCAUAAAAAGAUAAUUAGUUUUCCGGUUUUUAAAACUUGAUACUGUUCUAAAAUAAUUCCUUUAACGUUUCAGAUUCUUUUUCUGGUCUUUUUUUACUGUGGUGUUUGCUAUGUGCAUUGUUGAUCCGUUUUCAGUGUGAUACAAAUUGUGCGGUCCAUGUUCUUGGUUUGCUCAAUUUAUAAAGCUAUAUUGAAGUAAAUGUGGUGACCGUCUAUUUAAUGUCUCGUUUAAUAUAAAAAAAGGCAAUUUAGGGUUCGUAGUCAAUUCCUGAGAGAUAUGCAAC